AUGUACCAGGAGUCUUACCUCGACGAGUUCGGAAUUCCCGCCAAUGUGAAGGAAGUCCGCCUCGUCGUCCUGCCGGAAUGGAAUAUCAACGCGAACAUGUACCCCGUCCUGAAGUCUACAGGACAAAUCGCGGACAUCCAGUUUGAGUCAGUGAAGUUCAAUGAGGAGAAGAAACAGCUUUGCCUGUCGCUUCACGUCGUCCCAGGACCCGAUGAACAGUCCCCGGCUCUCGCUGAGGAGGAGAAGCUCGGUCCUGAGGAGAUCCCCUCUCGCGCUCAGGUGCUUCCGCCGUCUGGCGUUGAAGGCGACGACUUUGGCGAGGGCGAUGACGACCAGACCAUCACCCCGUGGGACGUGCAGGCGGCCGAGGGAGGCAUCGACUACAACAAGCUUCUGUAUGUCUUUUUUGUCUAUUCAUGCCGCAUUUAA